UGCGUGGUUGAACAUUUUUACGUGAGGCAUGCCCAAGGAGUUCACAAUGUAGUAGGAGAGAAGGACUUGAGUGCAUAUAUGUGCGAGGAACUCUUUGAUGCACAUCUUACUCCUCUUGGUUGGAAACAGGUAGAUAAUCUCCGGAAGCAUGUUCAUGCGUCUGGACUUUUCAAAAAUAUCGAAUUGGUGGUAGUUUCACCUUUACGUAGGACUAUGCAAACAGCAGUUGGUGCUUUUGGAGGUGAAGCUUCCACUGAUGGGGUUAAUAUGCCUCCACUAAUGGCAGAAAGUACUGGCAGUAGUAAUCGUCCUGCAAUUUCAAGCCUAAAUUGUCCUCCGUUCAUUGCUAUGGAGCUUUGUCGAGAGAGUAUGGGUGUUGAUCAUUACUAUAGGAGGAGAAGUAUAAGUGAAUACAAACCCAUGUUCCCAGCAAUUGAUUUUUCAUUGAUAGAAACUUCUACAUGUUUAAACUUAUAUAAGCUAUUAUGA